CAGGUCUUAAUGAACCCUCCUCCCGUCCUUGACUCCAGAAGCUAACAUGGCGGCUGCAGCGGUCAGAAGUAUCGGCUCCUCUUUGGGCAGGAAUCUGCGGGAGAUCCGCCUCCAUCUCUGCCAGACCUCUGGAGCCAGUCAGGGGGCGAGGGACUUUGUGGAGCAGCAUUAUGUUUCUCUGAAGACGUCCAACCCAGACUUCCCGAUCCGGAUCAGAGAGUGUUCUGGAGUCCAGGCCCGGCUCUGGGCCCGCUACGAGCUGGGUCAGGAGAGCAGCGUGUCGGUGGACAACAUGUCAGCGGAGCAGGUGGCCUCGGCCCUGCAGAGCCUGGCUCAGUCCAAACCCUGACCUGAAGCUUCUCUGUGUGUACAUGUGUUGAUACCAAUAAAAUAAAUACUAUAAACAUC